CCAGAACGAGGCUUGACGCGCACUUCCGGCGGUGCAGCAGUCUCCAUGACAACGCGUCUACAGCGGCUUCUAGCGGCGUAGGUCAGGUGUAAUGGAGAAUAUAAAGAGGAUGGAUAUUCUAAAUCCUCUCACCCACGACAACCCCGUACUUCAGUGUGCUCUGGAAGGAAAUCUACAAGGUCUACAAUCCAUCUUUGAAGAUCCAGCUGAUGACCACCAUGAGCAAUGUAGCAAACUGCUUGUAGAAGAAGAUCUCCUGGGGAGGAACCCGCUGUUCGUAGCCUCUAUACUGGGACGUACAGAAGUGGUGAAGGGAUUGGCUAAGUAUGGCGCCAACUUUAAUCAGCAGACAGCUCGAGGAUAUUCACCAUUGCAUUGUGCUGCUGCAUGGGGUCAGGUGGAGGUAUUAAAGGCCCUUGUCGAGUUAGGAGGUGACAUCUUGCUCCUCAAUUUCCGUGGUGAAAAGGCAUGUGAAAUAGCGACCAGAUACAACAAGACAGACUGUGCAGAUUUCCUGAAAUGGGCUGAAGCUAGAUUGGCCUUAAAAUCAUACAUCAGCUUUAUCCAGCAGACCAUUUCAGACCCUGAAAAAGUUCAUGGGAAACUUCAUAAAGAAGACAAGAACCAAGCAGUUGGCGCCUGCAAAUCAAAAAAUGAAUGGCUGCAGAACGCCAAGGAUCCAACAACACAAGACUUUGUGGAUCAGAAGCAACAACUAGAGAACGCUGUGCAGCACAUCUUCACAAAGCUCAGUACACCACGUGUGGAAACUGGAAAGUCUAAACCGUGACCUCACAGAUCUUCAUGUCAUCCCACAUCAUCCUCUAACUCCGGCCUUAAUACACGGCUGAACUAAUCUCAUACAUAUCCCCUUUUCAUUCAAUAUGGUUAAUAUUUUGAUUGUAUAUAAAAGUGUAACUUUGAAUCUAUAAGUAGCAGUGUAUGUAUUUCUGAUGGGAAUUUGAGC